CGGGAUUAAGGAGGGGGUGCAGGAUGCUGAUGCUGAGUUGGCCAAGCUGGGAGGAAAGAAGAAAGAGAGGGGAGGGGAGAAUCGAGGACAGCCGGCCUAGCCAGGCCAAGAAUGCAAUUGCCCCGGUGGUGGGAGCUGGGCGACCCUUGUGCUUGGACAAGACUGGGUUGGGGGGCACGGAAGAUGAGCCCCGCAACCAUUGGCACCUUCUUGCUGACAGCUUUUUUAUUAAGCUGUGCUGAUGGCAUAAAUGGAACAGUUAACUGGAAGACCAAACAGGCCAACAAUUUUAUUAUCAGCAGAAAAAUGGCUGCUGGGAAGAAAGAUGUGUACACUAUUUUCUCGAAGGUGCACUCUGAUCGGGAUGUAUACCCAUCUGCUGGUGUCCUCUUUGUUCAUGUUUUGGAAAGAGAGUCUUUUAAGGGAGAAUUUCCACCUUACCCAAAACUUGGCGAGAUUAGUAAUGAUCCCAUAACAUUUAACACAAAUUUAAUGGGUUACCCAGACCGACCCGGAUGGCUUCGAUACAUCCAAAGGACACCAUAUAGUGAUGGCGUCCUCUAUGGGUCUCCAACAGCUGAAAAUGUGGGGAAACCAACAGUCAUUGAGAUAACUGCCUACAAUAGGCGUACCUUUGAGACUGCAAGGCAUAAUUUAAUAAUUAAUAUAAUGUCAGCAGAAGACUUCCCAUUACCGUAUCAAGCAGAAUUCUUCAUUAAAAAUAUGAAUGUAGAAGAGAUGUUGGCCAGCGAAGUUCUUGGAGACUUCCUCGGGGCAGUGAAAAACGUGUGGCAGCCAGAGCGUCUGAAUGCCAUCAACAUCACGUCAGCCCUGGACAGGGGCGGCAGGGUUCCACUGCCCAUUAAUGACAUGAAGGAGGGUGUUUAUGUCAUGGUUGGUGCAGAUGUCCCGUUUUCUUCUUGUUUACGAGAAGUUGAAAAUCCACAGAAUCAGUUGAGAUGCAGUCAAGAAAUGGAGCCUGUAAUAACAUGUGAUAAAAAAUUUCGUACUCAAUUUUACAUUGACUGGUGCAAAAUUUCAUUGGUUGAUAAAACAAAGCAAGUGUCCACCUAUCAGGAAGUGGUUCGUGGAGAGGGGAUUUUACCUGAUGGUGGAGAGUACAAACCCCCUUCCGAUUCUUUGAAAAGCAGAGACUAUUACACGGAUUUCCUAAUUACACUGGCUGUGCCCUCGGCAGUAGCAUUGGUCCUUUUUCUAAUACUUGCUUAUAUCAUGUGCUGCCGACGGGAAGGCGUGGAAAAGAGAAACAUGCAAACACCAGACAUCCAACUGGUCCAUCAUAAUGCUAUUCAGAAGUCUACCAAAGAACUUCGUGACAUGUCCAAGAACAGAGAGAUAGCAUGGCCCCUGUCAACGCUUCCUGUGUUUCACCCUGUGACUGGGGAAAUCAUACCUCCUCUACACCCAGACAAUUAUGAGAGCACUAAUAUGCCACUGAUGCAGACACAGCAGAACUUGCCACAUCAGACUCAGAUUCCCCAACAACAGACUACAGGUAAAUGGAAUCCCUGAAGAAAGAAAACUGACUGAAGCAAUAAAUUUGUAAUCACACGAUAUAGCAAUUAUAGCUUAUUUCUUUCUUCUCUUUUCCAAUAAUGCAUGAACUUUUCUGGCGUAUGGUAUGCAUGUCGACAGCAUUAAGUAUGUACCAAAUAAUGCAAUAUAACUUUGAUUUUACUAAUGGAUUUUUUUUUGUAUUUAAAGCAUUUUGACAAUUUGUAAAACACUGAUGACUUUAUAUUUGUUACAAUAAAAAGUGGCCUUUAAAAUAAAUAUUAUUAAUGAAG